GGGGCCAAGCCCCUCAUGAUUUGACAGCAGGUCGAAUUGCGCCGUUUAGGCUGAGUUAUAUACUUUAUGAUGGGUAUGUUGGUGAGGAAAAACCGCCACAUACACAAAAACACUAUCUUCUCUGUUAUUUAACUAUUUUGAGCCGUUUUUUUUUACCAUUCCGUAGGUCCUGACCGUCUACCGACGAGAACCAAGGACACCCUCUCUAACUGACGUCACAGGAUCCGUUCCAACACGGAAACCGUAAUGGUGGGGGCUCGUCGUUAGUCGGUACUGUUGUGAUGGUCUUCCGAUCUCUCAUCUACUUCUAUCCACAACCUGUUACACACGUUAAAUAUAACACGUCAAUCUGAAAAGAAGACUUAAAAAAUGUUUUUAAAAUGUUGAAAAAAAUGUUCAACAAACGAAGCCCUGUCGCUGUGUGACCAAAAUGGACGAUCGCUGGAGAAAGUUGACAGAUAAUUCGACCUCUGUCCUCUUGUCAGUUUAACACGUUUCUUUCCGUUGAUCGAGAUUCCCGUGUGUAGAUCUACAACCAUGGGGAAGUUAGCACGCUGUCUCCUGCUGCUGUUGCUGCUGUCUUGGAAAGGAACCGACUUACAGGUGAAGUCAGUGAGUGUAACUCUACCAGAGUCUCUAUUGUUUGUGUCUACUCUGGAUGGGAGUCUACAUGCUGUCUCCAAGCAGUCUGGAGACAUCAAAUGGACCCUCAAAGAAGAUCCCAUCAUCCAGGUGCCUGUCUACCUUACUGAGCCAGGGUUUCUCCCUGACCCCAACGAUGGCAGUCUCUACGUCCUGGGAGGAAAACACAAGGAAGGACUGAUGAAACUGCCCUUCACCAUCCCAGAGCUGGUCCAGUCUGCUCCCUGUAGGAGCUCUGAUGGAGUCCUUUACACUGGUAAGAAGCAGGAUGUAUGGUUCGUGGUGGACCCCCAGACAGGAGAGAAACAGACCAGCCUCUCCACAUCAUCAUCUGACUCCAUUUGCCCCAAUGCACCACUGCUAUACAUAGGAAGAACAGAGUACAUGAUAACGAUGUAUGAUACGAAGACACAGGAGCUGAGGUGGAACGCAACAUACAACGACUACUCUGCCCCGCCGUACGAUGAGAAACACGACUACAAGAUGGCCCAUCUCGUCUCCAGUGGUGAUGGGUUGGUGGUGACCGUAGACAGAGAGUCAGGUGACGUCCUGUGGAUGCAAAACUAUGGGUCACCUGUGGUGGGGGUGUACCUGUACAGCCAGGACUCUCUGAGACACGCCCCUCACCUGUCAGUUGCCAUGGAGACGCUGCGUUACCUCACCUUCUCGUCCCACGACACACACACCAUGAAGUGGAGCUACCAGUUUGUCACGGAGCAGGCCAGCACACACACACAGCUGGUGCCCACUCUGUAUGUGGGGAAGCUGGAUUCUCAUCUGUACGCCUCCACCUCCCUGGUUCACGACGGAGUCUCUCUAGUGCCGCGGGGCUUGACACUGGCGCGUAUCGAGGGACCGGAGACCGAGGAGGUUACGGUUAGAGAGGAGGGAGAGUGUGAGAUCAUCCCGUCUACCGACGUACGAUACCCGCCAGGCUCCACCAACACACUGAACAACCAGUGGCUCCUCAUAGGACACCAUGAGUUACCCCCGGUAGCCCACACCACCAUGUUGAGAGACUUCCCGGUAAACCUGCAGCGUUCCGGUGAUGCCGUUAUCCCGACCCGGUCUCAGAACAACCGCUAUACAGACCAUCCUUUCCAGUCAGUAGGUCAUGGUGGUGGAGGGGGUCGUGGUUCGGGUCCUAGCGGCAGCAGAAGGACCCAAGCAGGAUCAAGAUCAGGGUUGUCCUCUAUCCUGCCCGACUAUAUAUACCAGGACCCUGUUACCGUGGUGAUCCUGUCUCUACUGCUGGGAGGAUGGCUUGCCUUCGCUCUGACUUAUCCACAGCAGCAGAAGGACCAGAGACAGCAGUUGGACGAAGCUCUGGAAUCCCGCCUCCAACACCUGCUAGACACGCCCUCUUCUGCAGACACACCCCCUUCUCCACCAGACACACCCCUUUCCCCAGGAACCCCCCUUCCUUCUGGAGCCCAGCCCCAGUCUGCAGACUCACAGCCGUCCUCUGUGGACCCUCCUCUCUCUGGCUCGCCCGGUAACAGUAGUGACGCUGUAGCCAGGAACGGAUCUGCUGUAACACGACACACACACGAUGGAGGGAUAGAGGAGGUGGAGGUAGGGAAGAUCUCCUUCUGUCCAUCAGAGAUUCUGGGACAUGGAACAGAAGGAACCUUCGUCUUCCGGGGCCGUUUUGACGGCCGUCGCGUGGCGGUGAAGCGGAUCCUUCCAGAGUGUUUUGACGUUGCAGAGCGAGAGGUCCAGCUGCUCCGGGAAUCGGACGAACAUCCAAACGUCAUCAGAUACUACUGCACCGAGAGAGACAAACUGUUCACCUACAUCGCUAUAGAACUGUGUGCUGCUACGCUACAACAGGUAGGUAGAUACUACUGCACCGAGCGAGACAAACUGUUCACCUACAUCGCUAUAGAACUGUGUGCUGCUACGCUACAACAGUAUGUGGAAGAUCCGUCGUGCCACGCUGGUCUCAGCCCCGUCACUGUACUACAACAGACCAUGUGUGGUCUCAGCCACCUCCACUCACUAAACAUAGUCCACAGGGAUCUGAAGCCUCGUAACAUCCUGUUGUCUCAGCCAGGCCCCCUGGGGCGGGUGAGAGCGCUGAUAUCAGACUUCGGCCUGUGUAAAAAGAUCCCUGAAGGAAGGACUAGUUUCUCUCUCCGCUCGGGGAUACCGGGGACAGAGGGGUGGAUCGCCCCAGAAGUACUGCUGGACACACCAGGAAACAACCCGACCCGUUGUGACCAGGCGGUGGAUGUGUUCUCGGCAGGCUGUGUGUUCUACUACGUGGUCAGUAGGGGGCAGCACCCGUUUGGUGACACGCUACGACGCCAAGCUAACAUCCUGACCGGGGAGUACUUCCUCACACACUUCCUGGAAGACGUGCAUGAUGACGUCAUAGCGCGGGACCUGAUUGAGCGAAUGAUCAACAGCGAUCCAGAGUCCCGCCCCUCCACUUCCUCUAUUCUUAAACACCCGUUCUUCUGGAGCCCUGAUAAGCAACUUCAGUUCUUCCAGGAUGUGAGUGACCGUAUAGAGAAGGAACCUACAGACAGCACCAUGGUGGUGAGGCUGGAGACGGCUGGCAGAGCUGUAGUACGAACCAACUGGAGAAUGCACAUCUCUGUUCCUCUGCAGACAGACCUGAGGAAGUUCAGGACGUAUAAAGGGAACUCAGUCAGAGACCUGCUCCGAGCCAUGAGAAAUAAGAAGCACCACUACCACGAGUUGCCAGCGGAGGUCCAGGAGACGUUAGGGGAGGUGCCUGAAGGCUUCGUUAGUUACUUCACCUCCCGGUUCCCGCGGUUACUGCUACACACACACACCGCGCUCAGCAGCUGUUCACACGAGAGACUUUUCCAACCCUACUACCUGCCCCCCACUGUUAAAUAACACACACACACAGGAAAGGUCGCUGGUUCAAAUCCCCCAGCCGACAAGUGAAAAUCUGCCAAUGUGCCCUUGAGCAAGGCACCUAACCACACUGUAAGUUGCUCUGGAUAAGAGCGUCUGCUAAAUGACUCCAAUUUCAAAGUGUAAAUCCACUUCCUGUAGUAGAGCCGGAAUGACUGCCUCAUGAAUGACUACCUCAUGAAUAUUCAGAGACGGACUGGUACACUCCAAGACAAAAGCUUUUUAAAUGCUGUAAAGGUUUUACUCGUAACUUACAAGAUGAACUGAUUUUAACUUUCACUUGCUCUGAUAGGAUAGUUUAAUACACUGCUCUGAUAGGAUAGUCUGAUAGGUUAGUUUAAUACACUGCUCUGAUAGGAUAGUCUGAUAGGUUAGUUUAAUACACUGCUCUGAUAGGAUAGUCUGAUAGGAUAGUUUAAUACACUGCUCUGAUAGGGUAGUUUAAAUACACUGCUCCGAUAGGGUAGUUUUAUACACUGCUCUGAUAGGAUAGUUUUAUACACUGCUCUGAAGACUGUUGAUGCCAUUGGAGAUCCACAAACUGACUGUGGAAUGUUUUCGUUCCUGAUAUAUGGAGGGGUCAAAUCUGAAGCCCUAUUCUCUAUGUAGUGCACUAAGGGGAUAGUAGGGGUCAAAUCUGAAGCCCUAUUCUCUAUGUAGUGCACUAAGGGGAUAGUAGGGGUCAAAUCUGAAGCCCUAUUCUCUAUGUAGUGCACUAAGGGGAUAGUAGGGGUCAAAUCUGAUUCUCUAUUCUCUAUGUAGUGCACUAAGGGGAUAGUAGGGGUCAAAUCUGAAGCCCUAUUCUCUAUGUAGUGCACUAAGGGGAUAGUAGGGGUCUGCCCUAUGAAGGGAAUAGGGGGGAUAUUUUGAAGUUGAAGCCUUUUUGUUACUGAUACGGUUGUGGUUUCAUACAGUACCAAUGUAAAAGCACAUUGACGAUCUAUAUUCCUUUAAUUAUGAAUGAGGUGAUACUUUAUGGAUUCAUCCCAGACUGCUCUCUGUUUUCUACACAGAUACAGACCUUUGAGGGAAAACUUUUAUACUUUGGGUUUUUGGAAUAAUAAAAUUAAAAUAAAUAAA